CACCCAGUAAGGCCUCCUUUAAAUCUCUCCGUUUCCCUUACAGUAUCGUCGGGCUGUACGUGUCUGUUGUGAUGGUUAUUGCAAAGUUUAUCCGAGAACAUUUCAAUGGCAUCUCCCGUUCCAUCAUGUAUGAGGAGCUCCCUGAUGUGGACCGCAUCCUCAAGCUUUGCACUGACAUCUUCCUGGUCAGGGAAAUGGGUGACCAUGACCUGGAGGAGCAACUCUUCUCCAAGCUCAUCUUUUUGUAUCGUUCCCCAGAAACUAUGAUCAAAUGGACCCGAGAGGCCCAGCCACCUCCCCAGCAGUCAGUGGAUCAGUGAUCUAGAUCCAGGCAAUUAUACAAGACCACAUGUAGAUACCCUCUGCCAUACCCACCUGUAUUCCUUCCUAAAGCAUAGCU